CGAAAGUGAAAGUUGAUCUCUGUGUGCCAUGUUUAUACUUCAUUGAAGGGCUUCUUCGAUCAAAUCCAGGCGAGAUUUAAGUGUCUGUAACCUCUGAAGUACCACAACAAUGUAGUUCCUCCUUCUUAUUAUCCUAAAAUUGAUUUUCCGACUUGAUCUCAGAGAAUUUUGUUAUAAAGACCUGUUUAAAGCUGUGAUGACUUCCAAGAAUUGAUGACUUUUCUAGCAUGAUCGGCAUGAUAUGGUUUCAUUGAUCAACGCUUCUUCUAGUAAAAUGUGAUCAAUCCUUCUAAAAUAAUGAAUCGUCUCUUACGAAUUAUACAAUGGAUAGUUUUGGUGGUAUUAUCGCUUGGCGAGAUGGCUUUCGCCUCAUCCAGCAAGAAAGCUGUUUUGAUAGGGACUGAUUUGGAAUUAAGAUGUAACUAUACCCACAAUGCCACAUGGUGGUUUGACAGCAGUAGUCUCCAUGGAAACACACAUCUUGUAAACAGUACAUUAAUACUUCGAAUAAACAAUGUCAGCACCAAAAGCCAAGGGACCUACUGGUGUGGAUCGUCAUGGAAACAUGGGUAUAAUGUUUCUGUUGUUGUUGGAAAUUUGCCCAGUCAACCAAGGUCAGUUCACAGCUACUCCUAUGAAUGGAAUGAUUCAGUGCGUUGGGUUGCAUCCCUACAAACUGGUGGACUCCCUGUGUACUACACUGUGACAGCACAGUGUCCCAAAUUAUUUGCAAAUUCUACAGCCGUAAAUCUCAAUUGUUAUGACUAUGGUCAAAAUCUACAGCGAUUGUGUAAAAAUGUCCCUCACAUAACAAACAAGAAGUAUGUCUGUUCAAAAUAUAAUAUGGAAGAACUAGAUUUGAAUACAGUUUACCAAGUGUGUGUGUUUGCUAUSAAUGAGCUUGGAAACAGCAGUUCUUGCAUUAACUUCACAAGAUCUAAUGAAUCUUAUGGGAAAAUGA